AUGAAGGAAAAAUUUUACCUUGCAUUUAAAAAUGAAUUGGAUUUGAUCUAGAAACUAUAGUUAUACCCUUUGUUUAAAUAAAUUACCAUAUGGACUGAUCAUUUGUUAGAGAAUUAACAACUUACAGAAUAAGAAAAAUUAUUAAAAGAGCUGUCCAAUAAUUAAGAUCAUUUUGGGAGACUUUUAUAAGACUGUUGCAAUAACUUGGGGGAAUAAAAUUUAAAUCUUCUUUGUCUAUUAACAUUAGUUUUUGGUUUGAUAGUUCCAAUUAAAUUGAUUGAAGAGGAAAAUAUAGCAUAUAUUAUUGAAAGAUACUAUUGUACAAUAUUUAACUAUUAAAAUAUUUAGGUUAACAAACAAACUCUAUAAAAUUAUUGAUUACAUUAUUUAAACAAUUUAAAUUUAAUAAUGUAAUGGUACUUUUACCUUCCAUUUAUGACUAAGAAAUUAGUUACCUUACAUAAUCCAUCAAGAUUAAUUUAUUUGAUAGAACUUAUGUGACUAUAUAUAAUUUAAUUGAAGAAUAUACAAAUAAUGUAUCAAUUUAUAAUAAGUAUUUAGAAAUCAUAAGACCUUUUUGAUUAAAUUAUAAAGUAAUCAUAAGACUUAGAAAUAUAUUCAUCAAAUUAAUUACAAAUAUCAUUAUUACAAUAAAUUAAAAAAUUUAUAGAAUAUGAAAGUCAUGAAUUAGCUGAAAAAUAUGUAGAUAUAGAAUUAAAUGAUUAUUAUGAUUCAAUUCCAGUAUUUAAAGAUGUAAAAGUGGUUAGAAAUAAAGAAGAUUUAUUGAAUAGAAAAUUAUUUAUAUAAAAUGAAUUUAUUCAUGUACCUGAAGAUGAAACUAUUGAAUAUAAAGAAAUGAUUAAUUUAGAAGUUAAAAAUUAGUUUAUUGUAAAAAAAGCUGUUACUGCAUUUUUAAAUUAAAAAGGAGGAACUUUAUUUAUUGGAAUCAAAGACUCAUUUUAAGUAAGAGGAUUCUAUGUUGGAAAUAAUAUUUACUAUUUUAGAUAACUUCUUUGGGAAGAAUGUUUAGAUAUGAUUCAUCCAAAUUUAACAGUUGAUAAGUAAGUGAAAAUUGAAUUAUUACCAAUUUAUUCAUAUGAAGCAAUUCAACUUGAAGGAUAUUUCAUUGUCAAAAUAGAAUUAAUUAGAGAAUUAGAUUCAACAUUUGUUUAUACAUUUGGAGAAUUAAUUGAACAUCAUUAAUAAUGUGAAGCUACAUUUUGUUUUAAAAGAUAUGGAGAUCAAUCAAAAGCAGUUAGACAUCAUCAUUUAAAAUAAUUAAUUAAAAUUCUUAAUUACAAUCAAAAUGUUUUAGUUUCUGAAAGAAUUGGAAGAAAUUUCUAUAUUGAAGAUAGAAUUAAAAAUAAAAGAUUCACAAGUUAAUCUUCAAAAGAAAGAUCUAAUGAAAAUUAAAAUUAAUAUAAAUAAGAUUUAAAAAUGAACCAUAAUCUAUUAUCAUAAUUAGAAUCCAAUGAAAAUCUUAAUGAAAAUUUAUAGCCUCAUCCUGAUAUAGAUUUAGCUAAUUUAAAUUUAUAAUUUGAGGAUUAAAUAAAUUAAAUCCAAGAAUGGAAAAAUUGGAUAGUUAUUCGAAAACUGAAAUCAAAUGUUUUUAAUUAAUUAAUCAUUAUAUUAAAGACCCUUUAUGAUAUUUGUGUUCAAGAUAUCAUAGUUGCAUCUACGACAAUUCAUAUACAGUUGAAAAAUUUAAGUAAAGAGGAAUUCAUUGAAAAUUUAAGAAGUUAAUUAAAUGGAAAAAGAGAAAGAGCUAAAUUUACAUAUGGACAUCCAUAAAUAAUUUAAGUUGCUUAUUAAGAUAUAGAUUUGGAAUAAAUAAUUUCUGAUAAUUUGAAAUUGCAUAAUUUUUAUAUUUAUGUAAAAAAAGAAUGUAAAAUAAUUGAAGCUAAACAUGUUGAAGAUCUGAUAAAAAUUUAUAAAUUUAUCAAGGACAAUCUUAAGAUUGAAGUUCAUUGGAAAUUAAGAGAAGCAUAAGAAUUUGUAGCCUUGGACUGAGU